AUGGCGAGCGCGGUGCGGGGGCUGCCGCCGCUCCUGCUCCUCUGCGCCUUGCUGCUGGGCCCGGCCCGCGCCGCCCAUAUCAAGAAAGCGGAGGCGGCGGCGCCCGGCGAGGCGCUGCGGUACCUGCACUCGACCGAGCUGGGCGAGGCGCUGCGGGCGCUGGCGGCCGCGGCCCCCCCGGGCCUGGCGCGGCUCUUCAGCAUCGGCCAGUCGGUGGAGGGACGGCAGCUGUGGGUGCUGCGCCUGACGGCGGGGCUGGGACCGGAACGGGCCGGCGAGGAGCCCGGCGGUUCGGCCCUGCCCGGCCGGCCGCAGGUGAAGCUGGUGGGGAACAUGCACGGGGACGAGCCGCUGGCGCGGCCGCUGCUGCUCCGCCUGGCCCAGGAGCUGGUGCGGGGCUGGGCCGGCGGCGAGGAGCGCAUCGGCCGCCUGCUCAACACCACCGACCUCUACCUGCUGCCCAGCCUCAACCCCGACGGCUUCGAGCGCGCCCGCGAGGGCGACUGCGGCGGCGGCGGCGGAGCGGAGGGCGGCCGGGAGAACAGCCGCAGCCGCGACCUCAACCGCAGCUUCCCCGACCAGUUCGGGGCCGCCGAACCCGACCUGGAGCCCGUGCCCGAGGUGCGAGCCCUCAUCGGCUGGAUGCGCCGCAACAAGUUUCUGCUCUCUGGCAAUCUUCAUGGUGGCUCGGUGGUUGCAAGCUAUCCCUAUGAUGACUCUCCCACACAUAAGCCUACAGGAGUCUACAGUAAAUCAGCUGAUGACGAAGUGUUCAAAUAUUUGGCAAAAGCUUACGCGUCACAUCACCCCAUAAUGAGAACUGGCAAACCCAAUUGUCCUGGCGAGGAGGGAGAAACCUUCCAAGAUGGUAUCACAAACGGUGCCCAGUGGUAUGAUGUAGAAGGUGGGAUGCAGGAUUACAACUAUGUGUGGGCCAACUGCUUUGAGAUCACGUUGGAGCUGUCCUGCUGCAAAUAUCCACCGACCUCUGAGCUUCAGCAGGAGUGGGAGAACAACCGGGACUCUCUCCUUGCUUUCAUUGAGAAGGUCCACAUUGGUGUGAAAGGCUUUGUCAGGGAUGCAGUCACUGGAGCUGGCCUGGAGAACGCGAUCAUUGUUGUUGCUGGUAUUGCUCAUAACAUCACAGCAGGCAAAUUUGGUGAUUACCACCGACUGCUUGUGCCUGGGACCUACAACGUGACUGCAGUUGUAAUGGGUUACACACCAGUGACCAGAGAGAACAUCGAGGUGAAGGAGGGAGCUGCCACAGAAGUGGAUUUCUCCUUGCAGCCAACUGUAAUGCCACCAGCUCUUAACGUCACGCAGUUCACAGCAACGCCUGCUCCUGUCUCUACCAUCACCCCCACCCCGGUGCAGGCAGAGGCCCCAAGCCCAACCUCUCUCCAUCAACCUGUCCAACCUGUGGACUUCCGCCACCAUCACUUCUCAGACAUGGAGAUCUUUCUGCGGCGGUACGCCAACGAGUACCCCAACAUAACUCGACUCUACUCUGUGGGCAAGUCGGUGGAGCUGCGGGAGCUCUACGUAAUGGAGAUCUCUGACAACCCUGGCGUCCAUGAAGCAGGUGAGCCGGAGUUCAAGUACAUCGGUAACAUGCAUGGGAAUGAAGUUGUGGGGCGAGAGCUUCUCCUGAACCUCAUCGAGUACCUCUGCAAGAACUUUGGCACGGAUCCUGAAGUGACAGACCUGGUCCAGAGCACACGGAUCCACAUUAUGCCGUCCAUGAACCCUGAUGGCUAUGAGAAGUCCCAGGAAGGAGACAGAGGAGGUACCGUUGGCAGAAACAACAGCAAGAACUACGACCUGAACCGGAACUUCCCAGAUCAGUUCUUCCAUGUGGCAGACCCUCUGCAGCCAGAAACUCGCGCUGUCAUGACCUGGUUAAAGAAUUACCCAUUUGUGCUCUCGGCAAACCUGCACGGAGGUUCUCUGGUGGUUAAUUACCCCUUUGAUGAUGAUGAACAAGGAAUAGCCAUAUACAGUAAAUCCCCAGACGACGCUGUGUUUCAGCAGCUGGCGCUUUCCUACUCCAAGGAAAAUACAAAGAUGUAUCAGGGAAGCCCUUGUAAGGAUAUGUACCCCACUGAGUACUUCCCGCAUGGCAUCACUAAUGGGGCUCAGUGGUACAACGUUCCAGGUGGGAUGCAAGACUGGAAUUACUUAAAUACGAACUGCUUUGAAGUGACCAUUGAGUUGGGCUGUGUGAAAUAUCCAAAAGCUGAGGAGCUGCCAAAGUACUGGGAGCAGAAUCGUCGAUCUCUCCUCCAGUUCAUGAAACAGGUUCACCGCGGCGUCUGGGGAUUUGUGCUGGAUGCUAUGGACGGAAGGGGCAUUCUCAACGCCACCAUCAGCGUUGCCGACAUCGACCACCCGGUGACCACCUACAAGGAUGGAGACUAUUGGCGCCUCUUGGUCCAGGGGACAUACAAAAUCACAGCUUCUGCCCGAGGGUAUGAUCCAGUGACUAAGAUGGUGGAAGUUGGCAGCAAAGGUGGGGUGCAGGUCAACUUCACUCUUUCACGGACAGACAUCAAAGUGGAGGAGGGGAAGGUGCCGGUCUUGAACACCCCAGACACCAGUGACCCCAGCGAGAAGGAGUUUGAGACCCUGAUCAAAGAUCUCUCUGCUGAGAAUGGCCUGGAGCGCCUCCUGCUUACCUCCUCAGGGGAUGUCUCUCCUUAUCGAUACCGCCCUUACAAGGACCUCUCUGAGUUCCUCCGAGGCCUCAAUCUGAACUACCCACAAAUCACAAAUCUCACCAGUUUGGGUCAGAGCGUUGAGUUCCGUCAGCUCUGGUCCCUUGAAAUCUCCAACAAGCCCAACCAGUCUGAGCCUGAGGAGCCAAAGAUCCGAUUUGUUGCUGGUAUUCACGGAAACGCUCCCGUUGGUACAGAGCUGCUCCUGGCACUGGCAGAAUUUCUUUGCAUGAACUACAAGAAGAAUACUGCUGUUACAAAGCUGAUUGACCGAACGCGGAUUGUGAUUGUGCCUUCCUUGAAUCCAGAUGGACGUGAGAUAGCACAGGAGAGAGGCUGCACAUCGAAGAUAGGCCAGACCAAUGCUCAUGGCAGAGAUCUGGACACAGACUUCACAAGCAAUUACUCCCGGUACUCGGGGACACGAGAGCCUGAGACCAAAGCCAUCAUAGAGAAUUUGAUAUUGAAGCAGGAUUUCAGCCUCUCUGUUGCGCUAGAUGGAGGAUCUCUGCUUGUCACUUAUCCGUAUGAUAAACCAGCACAGACAGUGGAGAACAAAGAAACUCUGAAGCAUUUGGCAUCUCUGUAUGCAAACAACCAUCCGCUGAUGCAUUUGGGCCAGCCAGGCUGUCCAAAUAAGUCAGAUGAGAAUAUUCCUGGCGGUGUGAUCCGUGGCUCUGAAUGGCACAGUCACUUGGGAAGUAUGAAGGAUUUCAGUGUUAUGUUUGGUCAUUGUCCUGAGAUAACUGUUUAUACCAGCUGCUGUUACUUCCCGAGCACCGGACAGCUUCCUGGCUUGUGGGCAGACCACAGGAAAUCUCUCCUUAGCAUGCUUGUGGAGGUUCAUAAGGGAGUCCAUGGGUUUGUCCAAGACAAGAGUGGCAAGGCAAUUUCUAAAGCUACCAUUGUUCUUAAUGAAGGCUUGAGGGUCUAUACUAAAGAAGGUGGCUAUUUCCAUGUGCUGUUGGCUCCAGGUUUGCAUAACAUCGAUGCGAUAGCCGACGGGUACCAGCAGAAACAUGUCAAGGUCUUUGUACGUCAUGAUGCACCCAGCUCUGUGUUCAUUGUAUUUGAUACCGAAAACAGGAUAUUUGGUCUGCCAAGGGAGCUGGUUGUAACUGUUGCAGGUGCCAGUAUGUCUGCUCUGGUCCUCACCGCCUGUAUCAUCUGGUGUGUCUGCUCAAUUAAGUCCAACAGACACAAGGAUGGCUUCCACCGCCUCCGGCAGCACCAUGACGAUUACGAGGACGAAAUCCGCAUGAUGUCCACUGGCUCAAAGAAGUCCCUCCUGAGCCAUGAAUUCCAGGAUGAAACAGACACUGAAGAAGAAACAUUGUACUCCAGCAAACACUGACACCUCCGGGGCAGCAAAGGAGGUUCCCAUGGACCAGACCCUGUGGUGGGGGGCGAUCCCUGUGGUUCAGUUUUGAAACAUUAGCUUGCAGGAUGUGUCCUCCAGAGGUGUGGGUGGCAGCUCCCAACUUCCCUCUACUGUUUGCUCUGUUCCCAUGUACACGCAAAUCAGUGGGUGUUGGAGGCUGUGUUCGGGCUAAGGACAUGGCUUGUUACAUUUUGGGUCAAGAUCUGGAGGUUCACAUGAUGUUUUUUGAAAGGCAACUUAACAGGGUGGCCGGCAGAGUUCCUAGCACUUCCCCAGCAUCUCAACACAGUGAGCAGAUGGUGGGGAAGUGCCCCAAGACCUGCAUGGAGUUGUAGUUACAACACUCCAAAGCAGUUUCUCUACCUGUUUUGAUUUCAUGUUUUCCACUCUGUACUUGGGGGAAGCCAGAUUCACUUCACUCCACGUUCUGCAGAGCAGCCCUUGGAAAAAGACCAAAAAAAAAAAAAAAAGCCCUUGGUUCUCAGCUGGUCCCUUGGAGCUUUUCCCCACCAUGAGAUGCUGUGGCCUGCUAUGAUCUGCAGUGGUUGUGGAGCACCUCUACUGUGCUGCUAGUUCCAGGCAGUGACUUCGCAUCCUGAAAGCUGGGGGAGAUGAUAUCCAUUCUUGAUGUGAGCUGGAGAAAGGAGCAAAUGUCAGAGCUUCAGUGAACUCUGACAAAGUUCAGUUACUUGCCAGCUCUGCGGUACUGCUGUUCCUGACUUCUGGGGAAGAAAGAAACUUUAUCCCCAUCACCCCUGGUUGCUUUUCGUUUGUGUAGUAGACUUGGCCUUUGGGGUCUCAUGUUAGUGUUACAACAGCACAGUGUCUGAAAGAGCAGCUGAAGGUUGUUUUAAGCAAAUGGAUAAACUGUGGUGGAUACUGUAGAAAAGCAAUCAGUUACUGACUUCACCUGAUCAGUUUUGCUCAAGUCCACCACUAUUCAGGAGGAAACAGUGAAAUCUGACCACUGUAUUUGAGCAUUAUUGCAGCAGCAGGGAGAGGUCAUGGGAGUAUCCAUGGCCCAACUUCAGUCUUAAAUUUUGAAGAAAAGCUGUACCAUUUGCCAUCGUCCACCUAAUACCAUUUAGUGAUCAGAGCACUUUGGAAAUGCUCUCUCAUCAAGCUCUGGUGAUGGUAGGCAUCAGAUUAGCCUGCUGGCUUGGCUCUGUUCUGCUACUACAGCGUCCCUGAAGUACGUAGCAAGAGCUCCACCUGCUUGUGUGUCUGCAGUUGUGUCCGCUGCUGCGGAGACCUGGAUGCAGAGCAUGAGGAAGGGCUGAAUGGCUGUGCUGAAGGAGAAGGGAAAAGCAGCCAAAUUUUGUUUUGUAGCACUUGGCGGGAAGUUGGAAAGAGGAGCCGCAGCAUGCAUCCCUAAGACACAUGGGAUUUGUGGGGAACAGAAGGGAUGUCUAGAAGGGAAGAAUGGCUGAAACGUUUGAUUUUCAAAGCCUUUAUGCAUCUCUGAUGUUCCUGUGCUUUCUGGGCAGAAGGCUGGGGUUGGAAUAGGCACUUAUUUUCUUGCUGCUCAUUUUCUCUUUUAAUUCUUGCCCCACUGACCCGAGCUCUGGGGUGCAGGAGCCUGGCGCAGCAACAUCUCAGGCAUCUGUUCUGCAGGAGCUUGGGGAGGCCCACUAGUGAAACCUGCACGUGGUGUCUAUGGGGGGGUGUUUGUACCCAAAUGUAUGAAUGGGGUCUGUUCUGCAGGGCUCUGACCUGGUCUCCUCUGGGGGAACAGUGCAGUGGAUUCCCCGCUGAAGGCUGUUGGGCCAUGUCACCUGGGGAAGGAGCUGUUCCUCCUCUCUGUGUGCAGUAAAUGCCCUUCCAGAACCACGUGCCUGUGGGCAUGCUGUCAUGCUCAUCAUCUCAGCUGAUUUUGUGUAGCUAUCUGGAGGGAUAAACACCCUGGAGGGAUAGACACCAGCAUACUUUCUUCCCUGUUCCACGGGGAAUUAUAUUGCAAGAAACAUGUGAUAAGAUCUGGCUGGGGAGGUAUGCUGGGAACAGGGAGAUGAGGCUGAGCCUUCCCUGUGCUCCUGUCCUGCAUUGCUGUGGCGUGAAAGAGCUGCUCUUUUUGCCUCUGUCUGCAGGAGCCAUGACCAUCUCUGUGCCUGCUCCCAGCUCAUGGUGCUGAGCAGAGGAUGGGAUUUGGUCCUGGGCUGUGACCUGUUGCCACGUGUAAUGGGCUGCAGCACGCAAUAGCGUUAGCCCUGCCUCAUCUCUGAACUUUUCCUGCUUCUGAGGGCUUUAACGAGAGCCACAGCUGGGGUUUUAUAUAAAAGUUGAGUUUGCAAAUGGGUCUUGGGGCUCUGUUUGGGCUUUGUUUGCUCUGGCAGCAGGUAACGGACUGAGCUGGCCUUGCUUUGUCCCACUAGCAAUAAGUCUCGUUAGGAAUCAGCCCUUUCCCUCUGAGAGUGCAUUUUGCAAUUAGCUUGGAGUAGGUGCGUAUCUUUAAGGUGAGUGGAUUUGAGAUGUUUUGCAAACGCAUGAGACUUCUCUCCGCAGCAGGACCAGGUGGGGUGUCUGGCUCUCACUCUGUGCUCGGUGCCGCAGCAAGUAAGCGCUGGGCCUGUUUGUCGCCAGUUUGGGGAAGGCAGGAGCGGCUUCCCCUCCCUGUCAGUCUGUCUGUCUGUCCAUCCGUCCACCCGUGGGAGCGCCCGUGCCCUUUCUGGCGAGGAGCCGGUCCCCCGCGGGCGCUUGCCCCUGGAGCGUGUCGGUCCGUGCACUGUGCCUUCAAAUGUACAUUUUUAAAAGGGACUUGAAUCGCCUUUUCCUCGAAGCGGGACGGGGCGGCGUGAGGCGAAGCCUGGCUCUGCCCUCAGCGGGGCCCUCUGUGUGGGUUGUUUUUUUACCUGUAUACCGAGAUCCAGUAAUCUGUAUAAAACUAUUUUGAUGUCCA